CAAAGUGCGAACUUUCUUCACACGGGCAGGGUGUGAACGAAGAACCUGUUUGGACUUUUAAUGUUUGAUUUAGGAAAAUGGUUGAAAAUGCGGCCAACGCGAUAGCAAAAUCCAGGGAGAUGUGAUUCGUAUAAUUAACUCGAUAUUUGGCGUCCACAAACGUGUUAACCACAUUCAACGUUCCAGUCACAGAACAGGCGUCGGGUGUGUCUGUUGCUGAGUCUGAAAAUCCGCAACCUCUCAAACAAGCUCUGUCACUCAGUGUAUGUUUUGGGUGUGACUUCGGGAUAUUAGCCACUCUGCCGAGACGCCAUGGAGCCGAUAGGGUUUGAAAUGCACACUGGUCAACAGGAUCAGCCUACCCAUGUGUCCCAAGUAAACGUGGAAUACCCGAUGAACUCACCAGCUGGUGUGAGUCCUGCUGAUCCUAACGAGGGCAGUCUAUAUCCCACCAUGGAUAAGGAACCAAGUGGCCCAGCGCCCAUUGGAUUUGAAGGUCAUGCCAAUGGCGGCCCUGAAGAUGGAAGAGAAGAGAGUACAGCUGUAGAUAUAGAGAAAAGUCCCGAGGAGGGUGAAGGUGUGGAGGAGCAGGCAGACACCUCACUGGGAAGGGAGGAUAUAUCUAAGGAGGAGGCAAAAUUGCUGCUUGAGCAACAGAAGAUUGCUAAUGAGGAUGCCACACUGUUUUUCCGAGAUGGCAAGAGAAAGAUAGAUUAUGUACUGGCCUAUGAACCAGGCUCAGCCUCGGAGCAUGAAGAAAAGAAAAGGGAACGUAGGAAAAAUUUUGAAGAUAAUUUGCGAAAGGAAGGUCUAGAACUGGAAUAUGAAGGAAAAGAGAAGUCGUCCAAGGCAUCCAGAAGUGGAAAGACCUGUUUUGUGAAGAUCCACGCUCCUUGGGAUGUCAUGACCAAAUAUGCUGAACUUACUAACCUCAAGAUGCCCUUAGCGGAAAACGACUUGGAGUUGGAGCUUGAAUCUUACAUGGAAUACUGCUGGAACAUGUUCCCAUCUGUCUUUGAACUUGAUGAGGAUAUCGUCAAACCAGAGCCGAAUUACUUUACAGCUCCAUUUAACAGAGAGAGACAAGAUCAAUUUCUUAAGACCUUUAAGAAGAUUGAAGCUGUCGAUCACGAUGACCCAGCAUUUGUCAUCACAGAUAAGAAUACAUUCUUUACAAACGCUCAGAGGAGUCGGAUGGUACAUGAAAUUCUGGUUCGUACAGUGUUUGACAGAGAAGAGAGUGAUAAGGCAAAACACAGAUUUGGUGUAACAAAGAUGAUUAAUGGCGGGAUCUACUCAGCUGCAUUCCCUCUGCAUGAUGGUCGAUACUCAAGUGAACAUUCCUUGCUGACCAGAGGCAAAGCAAAUGACCGACACCUGCUGUACGAGGUCUGGGCAAGACCAGGAGCAUGGUACAAAUACCAGCCUUUAGACGAAAUAAGAUCUUACUUUGGUGAGAAGGUUGGUAUCUACUUUGCCUGGUUGGGUUACUAUACCUCAGUCCUGAUCCCUGUAGCCAUCUUAGGUGUGGUCGCCUUCAUCUACGGCCUCGCUACAUUCUUCAAUGAUGAAUACAGUUCCCAGAUUUGUGACAAGUCUGGGUUUGGAAACCUGACCAUGUGUCCACUGUGUGACAAGCGAUGUUCCUACUGGAAACUCUAUGACAGUUGUAAUUACUCGCGAGCAACCUACCUGUUUGACAACUAUGCUACUGUUGCCUUUGCUCUUGUCAUGGCAUUAUGGGCCUCAUUUUUCCAAGAGUUCUGGAAGAGGAAGGCCGCAGAACUGGAAUAUGAAUGGGAUGUGGCAGACUUUGAGCUUGAAGAGGAAACGGUCAGACCAGAAUUUGAAGCUGGAGUUCAACACAGAAAAACUAAUCCUGUCACUAAGAAAGAUGAACCAUUCCUACCGGCCUGGAGCAAAUGCUGUCGCUACAGUACCACUUUUACGAUUUUACUGUUUUUCCUGUGCAUCGUAUUAGGAGCAGUGUUUGGCGUCAUCUUAUACCGAAUUGUCAUUGUCUCAAUCCUGUACGCCAACCAGGAGGGAAUCAUCAAGUCCAGAGCCAGCUUCAUUGCGACCACAACAGCAGCCUGUAUCAACUUGGUCAUCAUUCUCAUCCUCAGUUUUAUCUACCAAAGAAUUGCUCUGUUCUUGACAAACCUUGAACAACAUCGUACCCAGACAGAAUGGGAAGACGGCUUCACUUUUAAGAUGUUCUUGUUCCAGUUUGUUAACUACUAUUCCUCAAUCUUCUACAUUGCUUUCUUCAAGGGCAAGUUUGUUGGUCGCCCAGGUGACUAUAACUACAGCCUACUGGAUAGGAGACAAGAGGAGUGCGACCCGUCUGGUUGCCUGAUAGAACUGUGUAUUCAGCUGGCAGUAGUUAUGAUAGGCAAACAGGCCUUUAACAACUUCAAAGAGAUUAUCCUACCGAAAAUGAUGGUGUGGUUUAAGUCUCGGUCAGUGAAGAAAGACCCCAAUGAGGAGAAAGUGUACUCUAGGUGGGAGCAGGACUUUAAUCUGGCCGACAUGCCAAACCUUGGACUGUUCGAUGAAUACCUGGAAAUGGUGAUCCAAUAUGGCUUUGUCACCAUCUUCGUGGCUGCCUUCCCGUUAGCUCCUCUGUUUGCCCUUAUCAACAACAUCUUCGAGAUCAGGUUGGAUGCCUACAAAUUUGUUACACAGUGGAAGCGACCAAUGGCAGCUAGAGCACAAGACAUAGGGAUAUGGUUUGGGAUUCUCAGGGGGAUAUCGGCCAUAGCAGUGAUCUCUAACGGUGUGAUAAUUGCCUUCACAUCAGAGUUCAUCCCAAAGCUGGUUUAUAGAUAUGGUUACAGUUCUGACCAAUCGAUGGAUGGCUACGCCAAUUUCAGUCUGUCUGUCUUUAAUGUAAAUGAUUACCAGACUGAAAGCACACCGGAUGACCCUCAAAUUGAUAUUUUCGGAAAUGUUACAUACUGCAGAUACCGUGACUUCCGUCAGCCACCCACGAAUUACGUAGGAGAUGGUGGAGUAGGGACCGGAGAGGAGUACACAUUUACCUUGGUGUACUGGCACAUUCUGGCCGCCAGAUUGGCAUUCAUCGUCGUGUUUGAGAAUCUGAUCGUAUUUGCUACCUGGUUGGUAAUGUACCUCAUCCCAGAUAUGCCGGGGUCAGUGAAGCUUCAGAUGCUGAGAGAAAAUUACCUAGCCAAGGAAGCUCUCUACACCGCAGAGACUGUCGUGAAAGCGAGACAGGGUGGCAACAAUGACAGAACAGCCUCCAAUACACAAUUCUGAUGACAAUUUGAUAUUCUGUUUCCAAGACAAGAGAUAACCCAAAAAAGAUCUGAUGGCAAUGAGAUGUGUAUGUCCGCAUUUCUUGACAGCAAGCAGGACCAUACAUUCAGUAUUGCAAGAUUUUGGGACGAUUUGCAAUUUUCUUGUUGUACAGUUAUAUACAUCUCCAAAGCAGCUGUAAAACUAAAGAUUUUGAAAAGAUUCUGAGGAUAUCAUCAAUAUAAUUACAUUGUUUACAAUGUUCUUUGUCAGAUUCUCAAAUUGACAGCAAAUUACAGGAUAGUGUUUUUAUAUAGGGCCUCUAAUAGAUAUUUUCCAUAUAGAAUUGCUCUGAGGACAGAAUAUGUAGCUUUCCUUUUCACUUCAGAGUACUAGUAUAUGUUAGAUAUUGUUAUCAAAUACCUUUCAGGUUGUAGUUAUACUACCUAAACCAAAGUCUUAAGAUUAAUUACUUGAUAUAGAUUUAGAACAACUGAACUGUUGUAGGAUUUAUAGAUUUAUAUUUCUAUGAUAAAUAUAAAAUAUAAUAAAAUUCUAUAUGUUUGUUAUAGUAAAAAUCUAAAAAAAAAAAAAUGUACAUGUAUAUAGCAUGUGUUAUAGUAAAAAUGUUAAAAAAAAAUGUACAUGUAUAUAGCAUGUUCUUUCUUGGAAGAUAAACCAUAAUUUCAUUCAAUUAUUAAUUUAUUUCUUUUAUAGUUUAUAUAUAGUAAUGUUAUAUUCUCCUGUAGCCUUAUGAAAUAUAAUCUUAUACCAAAUAAUGUAUUUUAUUAAUUAGUCUUAGAGGGAGAGAGAAAUGACAAAAUAGUGCUAUAAUACGUUUAUUUUCAGUUUAAAACUACUUUAAAGAAACAUGGAAUCUAUUGUUUUAUUAUCUUUAGUCAUUGUCUUUUAAGGAUACAGUGUCAAACAUCAUCUUUAUUGUUAUAUUUUGGUCCUUUUACACACAGGUGCUUUAACUUUUUUAUUUUGUAGUAUUGAAACGAGCUGCUAAGAACAAAUAACUCAAUGGUUAGUGAAUAUUACAGUUUAGAAUUCUUGAAGAUAAUGCCAUGUCUUUUAUAUAACCAUUUCCUAUUGGAGUCUUCUGUCUUGGGAAAUUGUUGAAAAAAAGCAGAAUUCUGCUUCAGUUAACUUAGCAAAUGUAUUUGUUUUUCUAUAUCAUACCUGAUCUUAAAUCUAGAUAGAUGUUUUUAUUCUGUCUUCAAAAUACUUGUUUUGAAAAAUAAUUACUCUGAUACAAUCCCACCUUAUAAUGUAUAUAAACUUUAUAUAUACCCAACUUCAUUUCAAAUUAAUUUGGGUUUUUUCCAUUCAAUUUAUGGAAGUGUUGUGAUAUUUAUGUCACAAUGGAUGUACACAUAAGUGUACAAAUAUUUUCAUUUUCCCUACAAGAUUUACGGGUUUCUGAAAUAUCAGACCAAGAUAUUGUUAGAUAAGAAAAUUAAGAUAUAAGGUGCAUUGUUACAAGUUGUGAUUUAUCAGAGAUAUGUUUGUUAGCUGGGUUAAUCACCCUGUCAAUAUCCAGGGUCAUUCAAGGUGGACCGGUCUUGUAGUAGCUGGUGGCUACCUCACUAAACAGCAUAUUAGAAUCCCUGUUGCAUUCCAUCCAGAGCAAUUGAGGUAAAUUUUCAAGUGUCCUUCUCAAGGACACAAAUGUAACACAGCUUGAUCUCAAGCUUCCUGAGAAAUGUAGUUGUCCCAGAUAUAGAUCAAAUCAAACAUGUCUGACUUGGGGCUACCUUGUCUGAUGCUCUAAUGACUGGGCAUGAGCUGUCAUAGCCCUGAUGGAUUUCUAAAAUAAGAAUUUUUGAAUUGCAUAUUUCAAAAGCUAUGAAAAUAUAAUUGCACAAAAAAUUGUAAGUUCUUCGACACAAAAUAAAAAUGAUAUGGCAGCAUAAAAAUGGAUAUGGCUAAAGCAAGGUUUUCCCAUUUUGAACAGUUUUAUGAAAGCACAAAAAAUAUUUAAUGUUUUAACAUAUAUUCCUUUCCCCAGAAUCAUUGUUCUAGUACCAGCUGUGUAGAUUUCUCAAUAUUCCUUUCCCCAGAAUCAUUGUUCUAGUACCAGCUGUGUAGAUUUCUGUCUCCUGUCUAACACUGUAGUACAGUUGUAAAAACUGGUACAUACCAUACGUGUUAGUGUAUAAAGCUUUUUUGUUGAAACGUAAAACAGAAUUAAUGGAUUAGAUUCUUAUAAACUUUAUGUUAUAAGAAAGAAAACUGUACAUGUGUCAGCCCGAGUUUCCUCUGGCCCCACAGCAGAUGUUAGACAUUUGGUGGACAUAUUGGGCUAACCCUGUAUAUGUUUGCAGGUAAUUGAAAUGCUGUAGAUUCUAUUAACAUGUAUUUAGGUGAAGUGAAUAUGCUAUAUUAUCAAAUGAUAUUCAUAGAUUACUGAAUAUUAUAUUGAAUAUUCAUACACUUUUAUUCAAAACAUAAUUGUACAUUUUUAUUCAUGAUGAAUAAACAUUUGAAUGCUACUUCUUUUCAGUUUGUGAGAUGAAUGUUCAUUCAAUAAUUAUUAAUGGAAUAUACCAUGAUAUGAACAGUUUUUAAAAAUCAGGGUUCUCACUGCUGAUAAACAUAUAGAUUAUCUUUAGUCAUAAUUUUCUAUGACAUUUGAACAAUUCAUUCUCUUUGUUCUUUGUGUGUGUUUUCUUCUUUUUUUUUCUACUUAAAAUAUACUUACAUGCAAUUUGUAUACGUGUUUACCUAUUUUGAUUGUGAAACCAGGUUUUUCAUCAAUAUUAGUUUGUUUUUUUACGUUGUGUUUAAGUAUACCAAGCUUAAUCUUGAGUAGGAAUGUAUUGUUUGUGUUGUGACAUUCACGUAUUGUACAUUUGUGUUCUUGGCUCUGAUGAAAUAUGUAAUAUUUAUUUUGAUUCCUUGGUACAAAAAAAAGAAAAUAUGUUUAUAGUAAAUUUUUUGAAAUUAUGUUUUCAUUUUUACGUUUAUCAUAAGUUUUUAAUUUUGUUGUGAUAAAAAUGAAGAUAUACACAUUCUGAUCCAUUUGAAACAUAACUUCAGAUUCCAGUUUUGUUAAAUUGUGACUUUUAAUAAUAAAACAAUGCUUCUUAUUAAAACAAAGCAUUAAUUUUGAUAAUGGGGAGUGAUAAUCUGAUUGUUAUAAGAUUUAAUCACAGAAAUAUUUUUAUGAACAACCUUUAUAAAACCAGGAGUGAUAUUGUAAUGGGUCACAUUGGCUUAUUGGAGAAACAAGGAGACAAACUGUAAUAAAAGUUCUUCACCUUCAAUGUGGGUUAUUCUUUGCUUCGAUAUAUGUAUAUUAAAAGUAUAAAUCAUCUUUACUUUGGCGGUGUAGGAAUAUGUUUGAAAAAACUGUUACUGUAGAAGAUGUAGUAGAUUUUUGUUAUCAAAUGUUUAUUUCUAAGAAAAUUCAUAUCUCCUAUCUAUGAUACUUAAUGACUGUUUAAUAGAAAACAUUUUUUCCAUAUCUUUAAAAGCUCAAUUUUUUACGUGAAUAAUUUUGUGUUUUUUUGUUUUAAUACUUAAUUGAUAUUUAUUCAUUAGCGUAGAUGUUAAAUUUCUCUGUUAGUUCCAUUAAAUCUAUGCUUUCUUCUCUUUCAGACAUCAGAACACAAUACCUGACAAAGUUUUCCAUUUGUUUUUGACAGUAAGAAUAAUUUAAGCACAUUGUCAUUUUUGUACAUUAAUUGAUGAAUGCAAAAAAAAAAUAACUUUGUACAUUUUUUUAUGUGGUACAUGUAAUCUUCAGAGAAAUUAAAAAGAUUGUAGAACCUUAAAUUGACUUCCUCAGUAGUAAGUUAUGUUGAAGGGAUAAAACACCCUGGAAAAGAAUAGAGGGCGUUUAUGAGGAAUGGAAUGCUAAUUGGAUUGAAUUUGGUUAAACUAUUGUGACAUGUAAAAUAUUAGAUUAAUUUGUUCUUAAUCUGUUUUAUGACAAUCAAGAAACGGUAUAAAAUGCCUGACUUUAUUAUAUACAUAAGUAAGUCUCUUUUUCUAAAGAACUCGAAGCCUAAUUUGAAUAUUAAGAUAGUUGAUUACUUUACCUUGGGAUAAAACUCUGUUAAAGAAUUUAGCAUAUGGUUUGAAGAAAUAGUAUGGCUGAUUCAAAUUUUGUACUAAAACUCUGUAAUAAAGUGUAAAUUUUGUAAAAGAAAAGAUUGAAGUGUUUAAAAAGAAAUUGCUUCAAGGAACACUUAAAAUGUUGAUUUGAAAUGUGUUAUAAAUGUAUAUUAUUACAUGGUGAAAGUGCAAUUUUCUUAGUUAAGUUUACAGUCCCUUAAUACAUAUAAUUUCUGUUUUGUAUGUUGGUAUUGUUGUGGUCGAACGCUUACUUUGUUAAAUCUGUAAGUGUAUUUUAAUAUUGUUUAAUGACUGUGUGUUACGGUGAAAACCAGCGAUGUACUGGUGUUUAUUAAAUCUUGACAUACAAUAGUAAAGUAAUAAAACUGUUUCUAUGUACAGUAUAUCACUCAUUCAUCAGAUUUAUUUUGUAAUUUGCCAAGAUUACGCUAACUUCACAAAAUUAACAAGUUUUAAAAAUUUAAUUUUGGUGAUUUCAAUACAAAUUAAAAAAAACAAAAAAAAACCAAAAGAUAAUAUAUGUUUUUGAUGUAUAUUCUGGUUAUUGAAGUCAGAGAACAAGAAGGUGUUCAUUCUUUCAUUGCAAUUUGAAAAUUUUCUUUUUGAUGGACUGAUAAUAUUUUUGAGAUCAACAUUAGUUUGUUGUGCCUUAGACUUGAGAUAACGAGUAUAUUUUAAUGAUUUUUUAGAUAAUGAAAAAUAUUUUGAUAAGAUUGUCUUCCAGUCUGAUUCAUUUCAUAUUCAUUAAAUUCCGUGUGUAGAAUAAUUCUCAGGACCCUUUGACGCUGCUGUAGUCAUAACUAACCGUCAUAUAAAAAAUACACACCAUCUUUUUAUUAGGAAUUUAAUUUUAUGUUGUUAUAUAUUCGAUGUAGUAUUGGAGUUAGAUUCUUUUGAUCAAAUUAGAAGAUUAGAUCUGAAAUAUUACACAAUGGAUAUUUUAGUGAUAAUAACACCAUGAUAUUGAUUAUUAUAACAUGAUACUAUGAUAAUUGUAAUACAUGCUUAAGAGAUUCUAUCUGUUAGUGAAAAAAUAGAAAAGGCAAAAUGCUAUCUCAUUCGAUAGAAUCCAAAUUUUAUAUAAAGUAAGUCAGACAAUCGAGUAUGUUAAUUAUGUUGAGCAUAAUGUCUUAAAAAAUUAAUGAUACAGCAAUGUCUACGGAACUGAAAUAUUUCUUCAAAUUAAAUACAAUAUGAUUUAGAACAAAUAUCAUAUCCAAGUAUUCACAAAAAAAUGUAUCAAAUCUCAUUUUUUUUACUAUUUCAUUUUUGUUGAUAAUUUCAAAAUAUAUACAGAUAUAAGGUAAAUUUAGUUUUACAGGGUAACAGGGUAAAUUUUGAUUUAAGAUGGAUUUCCAUGGUAAUGACAUCUUCACUAUGAAAAGAUUAAAAAAAAUGAUGAUGAUUUUUACUGUAAAAGAUACUAGACCACAUGUGAAAUUAAAACCAAGACAAAAAUCUCAGAAUAUCAAAGAUUGGUUAUAAUGACCCUGACACACAUUAAUCCAGACAUCUUAACAAACUUCCUAUUUGGUCUUAUCAGUGUACUUAGUGUUUCUGUACGACAGAAGUUUUGUUUGUCUUACUUCCUAAAUGUAUUCAUAUAUUGUGACUGUAUCAAAAUAUUUAGGGGAAUAUUUAUGCGUAAAAAAAUAGUUCUUGCUAUAGAUGAGAAAGUACAUUCAAUAUAUAUGCCGUACAUGUACAUCUGUGUAAUUACUGUGUUCAUUAUAAGAUACUGCUUCUGAAGGUUUAGUGGUACAUUUAAUGUUAAAACAAACGUAGCUACUGCUUCAAAUAGUAUGUUUUUUCUUCUUUUUAUAUAUUGAGAAAGUGCAGAAAUAAAAUGUAUUAUAAAUAUA